GCCAGGUCCAUCAGCAUCUGUGUACAGUGGAGGAGGAUCCACAGUACAGAGACUGACACCAAAAUCCCGUUCGCCUUUAGGAGUUACUGCUCGACUCCCGCUUCUGCUCAGCUUCACAGCCUGAAGACGCAAAGAGUGAGUGAUAAUGGCAGAAGCCCAUCAGGCUGUGGCCUUCCAGUUCACGGUCACUCCAGAUGGCAUCGACCUCCGACUGUCCCACCAGGCCCUGACAGAGAUCUACCUCUCUGGAGUUCGUUCUUGGAAAAAGCGUAUUGUACGGCUGAAGAACAGCGUGUUAACAGGCGUGUACCCUGCCAGCCCUUCCUCUUGGCUGUUUGUGGUUGUUGCAAUCUUGGCGACAAUGUACACCCGCUCUGACCCCUCCAUGGGACUCAUCGCCAAGAUCCAGGAGAACCUGCCUGUUAGUCAGGCGAUGGGUAACCAGUGCCAGGUGGUUGUGUCAGCCGUCCUCUUCAGCACAAUGCUCUGGUUGUUGCUCAUCUUCACCAUGCGCCUCUGCCUCAAGCAGCUUCUCUCCUACCACCGCUGGAUGUUUGAGCCGCGUGGCAAAAUGUCAAACACAACCAAAGUCUGGGUGGCUCUGGUUCGGAUCUUUUCAGGCAAGAAGCCACUGCUCUACAGUUACCAGGGUUUGGUGCCUAAUCUGCCUGUGCCAGCCAUCAAGGACACAGUGAAAAGGUAUUUGGAGUCAGUGCGUCCACUGAUAAAUGAUGCUGAGUUCGAGAGGGUUACAAAUUUGGCAGCUGAGUUUGAAAGCAGCCUUGGUAACCGGCUGCAGUUCUACCUUAAACUCAAGUCUCUAUGGGCUUCCAACUAUGUGAGUGACUGGUGGGAGGAAUAUGUUUACUUACGAGGACGAGGCCCAAUAAUGGUCAACAGCAACUACUACGGGAUGGACUUCUUGUAUGUGACACCAACACCCAUUCAGGCGGCCAGAGCAGGCAACACCAUUCACGCCAUGUUUCUCUAUCGACGUAAGCUGAAUAGAGAAGAAAUUAAACCAAGUCAUAUCCCAGGCACUGUCAUUCCUCUGUGUGCAGCUCAGUGUGAGAGGAUAUUCAACACCACACGUACUCCUGGAACUGAGACUGACACUGUGCAACACCUGGAGGACAGUGACUACGUUGCUGUUUAUCACAGAGGACGCUUUUUUCGCCUCAAGGCUUACCACGCCGGUCGACUCCUGACGCCAAGAGAGUUGGAGCUGCAGAUCCAGAGGAUACUUGAUGAUACCUCGGCUCCUGCAGAGGGAGAGUCACAACUAGGGGCUCUGACUGCUGGGGACAGGCUCCCGUGGGCCAAAGUCAGGACGGAGUACUUCAGCAGCGGGGUCAACAAGCGCUCGCUGGACUGCAUUGAGAAAGCUGCCUUCUUCGUGACCCUGGAUGAUGAGGAGCAGGGCAUGAUUGGGGAUGAUCCAUCUGCCAGUUUGGAUAACUAUGCCAAGUCCUUGCUGCAUGGGAAAUGCUAUGACCGGUGGUUUGACAAAUCCAUCUCAGUCGUGUACUACAAAAAUGGGAAGUCUGGUAUCUUAGCAGAGCAUUCGUGGGCUGAUGCACCAACGGUGGCCCAUGUGUGGGAGUUUGUUUUGGCAGUGGACUGCUUCCAGCUUGGCUACAACGUUGAGGGUCACUGCAAAGGAGAAGUUGACUCAUCACUUCCCAAACCACAGAAGCUCACCUGGGACAUCCCUGCAGAGGCUCAGGAGACGAUAGCUCAGUCCAUGGCUGUGGCCCAAACACUGGCAGACGACAUCGACUUCCAUGUGUUUUUGUUCCGGGAUUUUGGCAAGGGACGGAUCAAGAAGUGCAAAGUCAGCCCCGAUGCUUUCAUUCAGAUGGCUCUUCAGAUGGCGUACUACAGGGGCCGAGGAUCGUUCUGCCUUACGUAUGAGGCCUCCAUGACCCGUCUCUUCAGGGAAGGCAGGACCGAGACUGUUCGCUCCUGCACCAGCGAGAGCAGUGCCUUUGUCCGAGCCCUGGAAGCCGGAGAGUCUGCAGAUGUGUGCAGACGCCUGUUCCGCGCUGCGUCAGAAAAACACCAGCAUCUUUACCGCAUGGCGAUGACAGGAGCUGGCAUCGACAGACAUCUGUUCUGCCUCUACGUUGUGUCCAAAUAUCUAGGUGUAGAGUCUCCUUUUUUGAAAGAGGUUCUGUCUGAGCCGUGGAGAUUGUCGACCAGUCAGACAGCAGUCCAGCAGGUUGAGUUGUUCGACUUGGUCAACCACCCGGAGUAUAUUUCCUGUGGAGGAGGCUUUGGUCCGGUGGCUGAUGAUGGCUACGGGGUUUCCUACUACCUUGUUGGAGACAACGUGAUUAACUUCCACAUCUCCUGCAAACACUCCUGUUCGGACACCGAUGCCCAUAAAUUUGGAGCUCAAAUCAAAAAGGCCCUUCACGAUCUGAUAGAGCUGUUGAGCCCAAACCAAAGAGAGCCCAGCAAAACGGAGGCCAGUCGGUCAGAGGUCAAGAAAGACCUGUAGACCACACUCAGGGAAAAGGAUGCCAGAAGGUUUGAACUAUGUCGCUAACGUUCAGAUAUAUGGAACACUUCUUGCUUGUCUUCAAAAACAGCUCUGCUCUGUUGAUGACUCCCUGAAGCCAUCGCAACAAACACAUGCUUUUCUGGUGGGUGUCGUUCGUUCAUGUGCGCGUUAUUGGCUGGUUAUGCGUCCAUUUAAAAGAAAUCUAUGAGCCUUCCUAACCCUUUUAAGAUUGAGCCGAGGAGUUUGUUCGGCCCUCUAGUUUUAACACCUGGACAUGUGCAGAGAGUGAAAGGAGGCCGUGUCUGUACAUCAAACAGCUGUGCAGUAAUGUUCAUCGACAGUAUCAACGCUACACCGGAGAGUCUUUUUGAAAGUAUUGAUUUGAGUCUUCACGUAAUCCAUGAGACCCAUGGAGGAGUUUUGUAUUUUCCAUAGGAAACGGGGGGGGUUCUGUGGUUCAAGCACUGAUGUCACUGAGCAGAGCUUAAAUGUCCCAUGUACCCAGUUUACAUGAGCAAUAUGUUAUUAGUUAAUUCAGACCUACAGUGAGCAUUGUUUGUGUUCAAUUCCUGCAACUGUGUGCCAAUCCAGUCAGACUUGUGCUGAUUUAAAGUCAGUAGACAAUACGUUUUGAGAUUAUUUCAUCGAUUUUUAUAAGCUGUCAGCACGACAACUGUGUUCCUUUUUCAUGUAUUUGUAUGUAGCUAAUGGAGCAUCAUUGAGCCUUGACUCCCAUUCACCUUCUUCCUGGAACCACCUCUGGCCAUUACUGACUGUGAUGGUUGGAAUGUUACUGCUGUUUGGUCUGCCACAUGUGAUUUCAUGAUGACGUUGUGCCACUUCAGUGAAACGUGGAUUGGAUGGAUCGAGGAUAUCCAAACAGGGCUUCAAAGGAUCGGGGUUGUGCAGGUUUUCUUCUAGAAUGUUUGGAUGCGCCCUGUGCAAGAUGAAACUCAGACUCCAAAGGGAAAUAAAUUCAAGUUACUAGGUUACCUUUCAAAGUCAUUUAUUGACCUCAGGGCUGAAAAUUAUCCAGUUCUGCCCAUUCAACAGGUAAAAUAUGAAAGUCCAACCUAAAACUUAAAUCCACUGUUUUGCCUUUUUUGCCAUGAGUUAUUUUAUUUUUAGGGCAUUGCUGUUUGCAGUGUACACAAUCUAGUGGUGCCUUAUGAUGUGCUGUGCCAAUCAAACCAUAAGCCCUGUUUUUUUUAGUGAAUUAUUGUCACAGAUUUUUUUUUUUUUAUUGUUUAAAAAGUUAGGGCUCCUCAACUUUUAGAGAUUGUUUUCAAGGUGCUAGUUUUUGAAGCGUUCGUAUGAAUGCUAUAGACACUACAAUUGUUUUAACAGUUUGGCAUUAAACAAACAACAAAGCAAAUUACAUUUUAAAAUAUAUAGUUACAGUACACAUCAAAGAACAGUUGGGAGUGGGGAGCCCACCAACUAGGAAAGUGUUUUGGAAUAAAGUGCUGACAAAAAAUAAUAAAAUAAAAUAACAACAAGGCUGUUCACGAAUUCAACAGUCUGACGGCCGAGGGGAAGAAGCUGUUCCUGUGACAAAAAAAAGUAAAAGUACAAACUCCUACACUACAAAACUAAAAAAAAAACAAAAAAACUUCUGUGAUUUAUUUUUUAACAAUCUAGACAGAGUUUUAUUCCCAAAUUCCCCUGGACUCUAGUCAUCUGGCCUUCUUCACCAACCUCUACUUUAACUUUGGUGGUUUUACUUUUUGCUGACGCCUAUUUAUAAUAACCUCAAGAUGGCACCUGUCAAGCUCCCCACCUAUUUAUACUUCCCGCAUGCCGGACAGCUGAGCACGUGUGCCCACGGUCAUGCUUUUCAGAAAGGAAAUAAAUCUUGGAUAUAAACUCUUUCAGCCGGCUGUGGAUUUUUUUCUGAAGGUGUCACAGGACAGGAGAUUGAGGAGGUGGCCAACACAUGUACAUUCAGAGGUCAUUAUCAUUUCAUGUGCAACAUCAGGACUGCAACAUUAUCACUGUGUUUUUCUACCAGAUUCACCUCUGGAAUUGUACUGUGCAGCCCUGGUUUUAAUGCAAUGCUUUGUGGAAAAUGCAAUAUUAUAAAGCAUCAUAAAGUUAUUCUUUAACAGGAUGGUCGGUGUUUUUUCUCUUCUCAAUAUGUC